GGCAGCGGGCGGGCAUCGCCUGCGUCCCCGGCACCUGAUAACCACCGCUGGACCACGUCCCCGCUGCACGCCGAGUCCCGCGGGCCAGGCGGGCUCAGCCCCGCACCCAGCACUGAGGGCCUGGCCGAGGAGCAGCGGGCGGGGGGUCGGCGUGGUGGGGGUCCCCCAAACCGCUCCGCUCACUUUCGGCGCCGCAGCGAACGCUUCGCCACCAACCUGCGUAAUGAGAUCCAGCGGCGCAAAGCGCAGCUGCAAAAGAGCUGGGGACCCGGAGCUCAACCCCGGGGCGAAGAGCCGGUGGAGGAGGCGGAGGAACCCACAGAGGGCUCACCGAGCCCUGCACCCAGCGAGGACGGCAGGAGCUGCGUGGGGGACACGCUGCCAGGUUCCGAAGUUGAACGAGUGGCACCCAGCCGGGGCCGCUGGCGUUGGUCUCCGGAGCGCAAGCUGCAGCCGCAGCGCUCGCCCAGUCCCCGUGAGCACCAGGGUGCAGAGGAAGCCGUCCUCCUGCCCUUUGCCGACCGCCGCAGAUUCUUCGAGGAGAGCAGCCGCCCCACACCCGCCUGGCAUGGAAAACCCCAAAAAGCGGCCGAGCCUGACCCUUUCCCAACCGCUGAGCACCGUGAUGCUCGCCGCGUACCUGGACCCUACAGCGAGUGCUGCCGGGAGCAGCAGCCCUACUACAAAGUGCUGCCGAGGCACGGAGAGCUGGAGUAUCUGCGGGGCUGCCCCUAUCCCUAUGGGGCUCCCCCUGGGAUGCACGAACCUUGCCGCUACUGCACCGGGGAGCUGUGCCCGGCGCUGCUGCCCCGCGGCCAUGCCUACCGCUGCCACCCAUGGGCACGCUGCCCCGACUGCUGCUGCAUGCCACGGGAUGAGAGCAGCACCUGGGCACCCCGAAAGGCCUUUAUGCCGGAAUUUCCCCUGGAGGAGUGGGAACCACCAGCGAUAAGCAGGAAAACCAGCCAGUCCAUUGGCGAGCUCACCCACUACAAACCGGGCUUCCAGCGUCUCGGCCCCUUCCGGCCCUGCUUUGAGAGCUCUGAGCCCGAGUGGCCGCCCUGCUACCGCACCACGUCCACGCACGACCUGUCCUGGGAUGGCGAGCGGCCGCCCCGCUCCCCCGAGCCCCCCCCAGAGCCUCUACACCGCCCGCUGCGGGGCCGAGCCUUCUCUGAGAGCCACCUCAACCUGGAGCCCUCCAGCCCCCAUGCCCGCAAGGACUUCCUCCGGGUGCAGUCAGAGGCUCCGGGUUUACCCAAAAAAAAGGGUCCCCCACCCCGCCCGCCUCCACCCAAUUGGGAGCAGUACAGGUUGCGCCGAGCAUCACAGCAUCCCAAAAACGGCUCCGGAUCCGGCACGGCCCCCCCACCAUCCCGUAGCAUUGCCGAAGCCGUGCGGCAGCGGACGCGCAGCCUCGCUGCUGAGACCCCCCCUGGCCGCCCCCGUGGGACGCCGGAACCCGAAGCUGAGCUCUGCAGGGUCAGGGAGGAGUGCUCAAUAUCGAAGGACCCCUGGGAGCAGGAGGAUCCCCCCCAAAGGCUCGGCCGGGGCCGGGAGCGGGGCUGGUCCAGCGAGUGCCCCCUGCCCACCCCCAGCCCCAUGGGCACCCCGGGGGGACCCCAUUCCCGCAGCCCUGAGGGGUCCAAUGCCCGGGGAGGGCGGCCCCAACCCCGCCGCAUGAAUUCGGAGGAGUUGCUGUGGGACGUGGCGGGCAGGGACUGCUCCUUGGCCGGCAUCUUGGUGUCGCCUCCGGUCACCACUGCCACCGUUAUGGGCGAGCUGCUGGCAGCAGGGGAUCGCCAGGCGUGGAGGGAGCGGAUCCAACAGGAUUGGCACCAGGAGCCACAGGACAGGCAGGGCUUUGAGCCCAUCUCGCCUCCCCCCGGGGCCGCCGGCAGCCCCCCCUCCUACGCAGCAUAUUAUGGCAAAGCUGAGCUGCUGGGCAAGGUGAAGGAGCUGCCGGAGGUGGCGGAGGGGAGCUCAGAGGAGGAGGAGGAGUUGGAGCGGGAGCUGGUGGAGAAAAAGCUGCAGCUGGUGGAGAGCCUGAGCCGCAAGCUGGCGGUGCUGCGGGAGGCGCAGCGGGGACUGCAGGAGGACAUCAGCGCCAACGGGGCGCUGGGCGAGGAGGUGGCAGCCCGCCUGCAGGCGCUCUGCACGCCGGGCGAGUUCGACAAGUACCGCCUCUUUGUGGGGGACCUGGACAAGGUGGUCAACCUGCUGCUGUCCCUUUCGGGCCGCCUGGCGCGGGUGGAGAACGCGCUGAGCGCUCUGGGGCCGCACGCUUCCUCCGAGGAUAAGGUGGCCCUGCGGGAGAAGCAGCGGCUGCUGGCGGCGCAGCUGGAGGACGCCAAGGAGCUGCGGGAGCACGUGGGGCGGCGGGAGGAGGCGGUGGGUGCCAUGGUGGCCCGCUAUCUGCCCCCCGAGCAGCUGCAGGACUACCGGCACUUCGUCAAGAUGAAGUCGGCGCUGACGGCCGAGCAGCGCGAGCUGGACGAGAAGAUCAAGCUGGGGCAGGAGCAGCUGCGCUGCCUGCGGGAGAGCCUCGGCCAGGCGCCUACCAGCUGCUAGCCCUGUCCAUCCAUCCGCUCCUCCAUCCAUCCAUCCAUCCAUCCAUCCAUCCAUCCAUCCAUCCAUCCAUCCACCCAUCCAUCCAUC